AUGCCUCAAAAAAAAUAUCCCGGGAAUUAUAAUGACUCUACCCAGAUUCCUUUCAAAAAGCCGCCGUUUCCUCCUAAUAUAGAUCCUACAGAGAUGGCAAAAAAACGUACUAAAUCGCAGGAUCCCAGAAAAAUCAACUCGAGGGGUCCAAAUUGCUUCAUGGUGUAUAGAUCGUAUUGUACAUCGAUCAAUGGUAGGAUUCAUAUGGCCAAACUAUCAACGGCUAUCGCCAAGUCGUGGGAAGACGAACCUCCGGAGGUCAAAACCCACUAUAAAAAACUUGCUAAUUUGAUUGAGUAUGAAUUGACUAAACAAAGGAGAUGUAAUGAGAUUCACUUCCUCUGGUGUGAAAUGCAAGGCAAAACCUCCGAAGAAAAAAAUCUCGAUAAGGUGACUACUCCAACAAAUGUCAUCCUUGAAUUAGACACGCAAGGAAAUGAUUAUGGAGUCAAUGAAACCAGGACACGUGAACUUUUAGACUACGAAAUCUGGGAUCCCUUUGUUUACAAACC